GAAGUAGUAACAUAAAGUGAAUUUUUGACACUGUCGAACGCGGCUUUUCUAGACUGUCACUUCUACCCACUGGAUCGUCUUUAUCGUCAUUAAUAGGGACACCGGCGUCUUCAACCCGAAAUCUCAAUACACGGUUGUGUCAGCUGGCAUGAGCUAACCCACCAGACAUGGAAACCAAACCUUUCUUGUCAUUGGGGUUCCUGAAACCCCAGUGUUCACUGGCCCCACCCCCCCAGAGAGGACGAUCAGGGGAAGCCUGUUCCUGUUUUAGCGGCAUGUGUCCCAUUCACCAACGCCGAUUAUCCACAGACUCCUCAGGUCAGGUGACGUCCUCGCCCCUCAACUCCCCGACGUCCCACCGGGGGAUGCACCCGUCCCUGCUGAGCCCGUCCUCCAUUGGGCCCUCGGGCUCCCUGCACUCUCCCAUCAGCACUCUCAGUUCGCCCAUGAACGGCCUGGGCUCACCCUUCUCCGUCAUCAGCUCCCCCAUGGGCCCCCACUCCAUGGCCUCCCCGGGCAUGGGCUAUGGCCCCAGUGUGAGCCCACAGCUGAACUCCCCAAUGAACUCAGUCAGCAGCUCAGAGGACAUCAAGCCCCCACUGGGACUUAAUGGCGUGAUGAAGGUGCCAGCCCAACCUUCAGGCACCCCCCUGUCCCUCACCAAACACAUCUGUGCCAUCUGCGGCGAUCGUUCCUCAGGUAAACACUAUGGAGUUUACAGCUGUGAGGGUUGCAAAGGUUUCUUCAAGAGGACCGUACGCAAGGACCUGACCUACACCUGCCGAGACAACAAGGACUGCCCCAUCGACAAGCGCCAACGCAACCGCUGUCAGUACUGCCGGUACCAGAAGUGUCUAGCCAUGGGCAUGAAGAGAGAAGCCGUCCAGGAGGAGCGCCAGAGAGCAAAAGAUCGCAAUGAGAACGAGGUGGAGUCCACCAGCAGCGCCAACGAAGACAUGCCCGUCGAGAAGAUCCUGGAGGCCGAGCUGGCGGUGGAACCCAAGACGGAAACCUACAUCGAGACCAAUCUGGGCAUGCCUUCGAACUCGCCGAAUGACCCCGUCACAAACAUCUGCCAAGCGGCUGACAAACAGCUCUUCACCCUCGUGGAAUGGGCCAAGAGAAUUCCGCACUUCUCUGAGCUGCCGCUCGAUGACCAAGUCAUCCUGCUGCGAGCAGGGUGGAAUGAACUCCUGAUUGCUUCGUUCUCACAUCGUUCGAUAGCAGUGAAAGAUGGGAUUUUGCUGGCCACCGGCCUCCACGUGCAUCGGAACAGUGCCCACAGUGCAGGGGUGGGAGCUAUAUUUGACAGAGUGCUAACAGAACUGGUGUCGAAGAUGCGAGACAUGCAGAUGGAUAAGACAGAGCUGGGCUGCCUACGAGCCAUCGUCCUCUUUAACCCAGACUCUAAAGGCCUGUCAAACCCAGGGGAAGUGGAGGCUUUGAGAGAGAAGGUGUAUGCUUCUUUGGAAGCUUACUGUAAACAGAAAUACCCUGAACAGCCUGGGAGGUUUGCUAAACUGUUGCUGCGGCUACCAGCGCUACGUUCCAUCGGACUGAAGUGUCUGGAGCAUCUGUUCUUCUUCAAACUCAUAGGAGACACGCCCAUCGACACGUUCCUCAUGGAGAUGCUAGAGGCACCUCAUCAGAUGACGUAAUGAUUGGCCCAGCCCUGGCCAGCCCUCCUUACUAUUGGACACGGGCACUGCCACCUCCCCCCUCCUGCCCAUAAAAACUGAUCAGGAAACAUCAUCAGCCAGAGAGCAAGGAGGCGACAGGAGACUUUUUCUCGAUUCCUCAACCCGUUUAAAAAAACAAAAAAAACACACACACACGUUCAUGGUGUCUAUGCGUCUGUUUUAUACAUUGUAUAAAGAUAUAAAUCUAUAUAACUCAUGAGGAAAAAGGAGAGACAACAGUGGACUCCAAGGCAACAGAGGACACAUAUGUAUCAAAUCGUCAAUCAAUGAUUCAUUGUAAAGAAAAGAAAAACAAACAAACAAAAAAAAAAUCA